AUGGACUCUAACACUAAACUAUCCAUUUUAUGUCUUGGUACCGGCAAAGGUGCCUCAAUGGUCUAUGAUGGAAACUGCAGUCCUGGAUAUGUGCUUUACGCUGAUGACCGACCAAUUAUUCUCUUUGGCGCCGGAUACGGUGUAACAAGGCAGUGUCUUCGGUACUGUGGCGUCAUUCCAUCCAAUAUUUUUCUUUUUUCAAACCGCUCCCAUAUGUCUGCUGAACUUCCGGUUAUUAUUGCUGUGGAAAGUCGAAAAGCGAGACGACUUCGCAUCAUUACCGGGGAAAAGGUGAUGACGCAGAUUAAACUGCAUCGCCUAUCGGAGGUCCACUCAAGGAUAGAUAUCAACGGCGAUGGGGGGUCUAUUUUUUGUGAUUUUGUAGCAUUGCCUGACCUUACUGUUCAUGCAGCAGUAGAAGCAACUGUAACACAAUCCCUAUCGUACCAUUUACCGGAUACAACGGCAGGAGUCUCUCUUGUCGUAUUCCAUACACCCGCAACUGAUGCAUCCAAUGGAGUUAUUCUGCUUCAUCAUGGUGUUCCUGUGUUGGCACUUACUGGUGACUGUGCCUAUAGCGCGGAAAAGCAUCAAGAAAUUCUACGCAUGGCUCCUGUGGUGAUUCUAGACGGCCGACAGAAGUCAUCCCGAGAUCACGCAAGUUUUGCUGAUAUCAUAGACACUGUGGAGAGGUGUGAAGUGGCGCCGCAACGUGUGUUUAUCGGACAGUAUGGAUUACCGUUAGAGGCUCCUCCAGUGGUGCGAGGUGGUGCUGUGGCGCCUAUUGUAGAGGGAGCCGUGGUGUCUUUGGGGGAACAUCCCUCACUCAAAGAUGUGAAUGAUUUGCGGCUGUUUUUGCCCUCUUCCACUUGUAGUUAUUCUCAAAAUGUGACUACUGACGUAACAUUUGAUUAUCAACCAAAAAAAAUAUUUAUUAUCGAUAACGACUCCCCGGAUAUUCCGCCAUCUCUUCUGAUGGUUCACCAGUACCGAAAUAUUGCUCAGGUCAAAAAACGAAUUUCGGAGAUGCUUCAUAUACGACCAGUUGGAGGUUUAUUUUGCUUUGACACAGGUCAGCGACUGCGAAGCGUCGCACAGCUUACACAUGGGAUGCGUGUAGUGGCAACACGCGUAGGAGGACGACCGUUUGUGAGAAAAAUAUCAAAGAUGUACAAACCACCAUGUGGCACUAUUGUAGAGAGUAAAACACUCAACGAGACAAACUUAUCAAUUGCACUUGAUAGUUACAUGCAUCGGGCUUACCAAAUUCUUGGAGAAACUUUAGGUAGUGUGGGAUUCACUACUAAUACUAGUGUUAAGAAGACCCAAAAUAGUCUCACUGAUAACCUAAAAACAAAUACUGGUGCUGACGUUGAGGUUGUUAUGAAUAUUCCCAAUAAUGAAUCACAUAUUGUGAUGGAUUCAUCUUCACUUAUUACUGCUGAACUAUCCCCUGAGACUUCCUCACUGGAACCCCCAGAUGAGACCCAAUAUGAAAUAUCAAGCACCAGUGGUGUUCUCUCUACUGGCACUAGUGGAUAUUCCUUGAAGUUCACUACUUUACGUUCAUAG